GAAAAAUUAUAUAAACAGGAAUCAGAUUCCGCCAGGUAUAUUAUUGAUUUGAAGAAUUUUCCAUUAAGUUAUUCAACAAGAGUUUGAACAUUAAGUUAGAAAUGUUGAGAACCACUACCCGUACUUUAAUUCGUACUGCUUCCGUUAGAGUUACUCCAAGUUUAACUCGUGCUAUUGCAAGAAAUGCUAGAGUUGGUGUUAGAUUUGCAUCCCAAUUAGCUCAUGCUAAAGUUCCACCAAAUUUGACCAAUGAGCCAGUUAAAAACUUUGGUAUCAAUGAUCAAAAAGACUGGGACUUAUUGAGAGCUUCUAUUACUAAAUUCACCGAUAACGGUGCUUUGGAAAUUCCAAUUGUUAUCAAUGGUGAAAAAAUUUAUGAUAGACCAACUAAACCUCAAGUCAAUCCAUCUAAACAUUCUCAAGUCUUGGCUAACGUUGCCCAAGCUUCUGAAGAAGAUAUUAAAGCUGCCAUUGAAGCUUCUAAAACUGCCAAAGCUAAAUGGGCUUCAGCUCCAUGGGCCGAUAGAGCAGCUGUCUUUUUAAAAGCCGCUGAUUUGAUUUCUACUAAAUAUAGAUACGAUAUGCUUGCUGCUACCAUGUUGGGUCAAGGUAAAAACGUUUUCCAAGCUGAAAUUGAUUGUAUUGCUGAAUUAAUUGAUUUCUUUAAAUUUAAUGUCAAAUAUGCUGAAGAAAUGUAUCAACAACAACCAAUUGAAUCAUCCCCAGGUGUUUGGAACAGAGCUGAAUACAGACCAUUAGAAGGUUUUGUUUACGCCGUUACUCCUUUCAACUUUACCGCCAUCGCUGGUAACUUAGUUGGUGCUCCAGCUUUAAUGGGUAAUACUGUUGUUUGGAAACCAUCUGCUACCGCUGCCUUAUCUAACUAUGUCUUAUUACAAAUUUUAGAAGAAGCUGGUUUACCAAAAGGUGUUAUUAACUUUAUUCCAGGUUCCCCACAAGAAGUUACUAAACACGUUUUGGAUGACCGUGCUUUCUCUGCUUUACACUUUACUGGUUCUACUGAUGUUUUUAAACAAUUAUACUCUAAGAUUUCUUCUAAUGUUGCUGAAGAUAAAUACAGAGAUUUCCCAAGAAUUGUUGGUGAAACCGGUGGUAAAAACUUCCAUUUAGUUCAUCCAUCUGCUUCUGUUGAUCAUAGUGUCUUAUCUACUUUAAGAGGUUCUUUUGAAUACCAAGGUCAAAAAUGUUCUGCCACUUCAAGAUUAUUUGUCCCAGAAUCCCUUUGGCCUGAAUUCCAAACCAAAUUAGGUGCUGCUAUGGAUAAUAUUACCAUUGGUAAUACCGCUGAACCAUCAAACUUACAAACUUUUAUGGGUCCAGUUAUUCAUGAACAAUCUUUUGAUAAAUUAGCUAAGGCUAUUGACCAAGCUAAAACUGAUCCAGAAUUAAAGAUUGUUAAAGGUGGUGAAUAUGAUAAAGAAGCUGGUUUCUUUGUUCAACCAACUGUAGUUGAAACUACUAAUUCAAACCAUCCAUUUUUAACUACCGAAUUCUUUGGUCCAUUAUUAACUGCUUAUGUUUAUCCAGAUGCUGAAUUUGAAAACAUUAUGGAAACCAUCGAUACCGCUACUAAAUAUGCUUUAACUGGUUCAAUCUUUGCUAGAGAUCGUGAUGCUCUUAGAUUAGCUGAAGAAAAAUUACGUUACUCAGCCGGUAACUUCUACGUCAACGAUAAAUGUACUGGUGCUGUUGUUGGUCAACAAUGGUUCGGUGGUGCUAGAAUGUCUGGUACUAACGAUAAAGCUGGUUCUGGUAAUAUCUUAAGUAGAUUUGUUUCAGUUAGAAAUAUUAAAGAAAACUUUUAUGAAUUAACUGAUUUCAAAUACCCAUCUAACUACAAAAACUAAGUUAAUUUAUUCAAUUCUUUAUUCAUGACUCGAAAUGUUGCCCUUUUAUAUUACUUAAUGUCAUUAAUCUCAUGUUUUA